AUGGAAAUGGGCCAAGGGCUGCACACGAAAAUCCUGCAGAUAACAGCUCGAAUUUUGGACAUUCCUAUCGAAAUGGUGCAUAUUCAUGAGACAGCCACGGACAAGGUUCCGAACGCUUCUCCAACAGCUGCGUCAGUGGGAAGUGAUAUGAAUGGUCUUGCUGUGCAGGAUGCUUGUAAUAAACUCCUGAAGCGCUUGGAGCCUUUCAAAAAGGCCAACCCCAAAGGAACAUGGGUAGAAUGGGUUCGUCAAGCUUACGUGGAGCGGGUUUCGUUGUCAGCUACCGGGUUUGGAAUAAUUCACAGCGAAACUGUCGACUUCUUCAAUGGCAAAGGAGCCGAGAUGUUUGGCUAUUGCGUAUAUGGAAGUGCUUGCUGUGAAGUUGAAGUUGACUGCUUAACAGGAGAUCAUCACCUCCUACGAACUGACAUUGUAAUGGACGUUGGUGACUCACUGAAUCCAGCAAUAGACAUCGGUCAAAUAGAGGGAGCAUUCGUGCAGGGUUAUGGCCUAUUCACCAUGGAGGAAAUAAAGAUUCGACCCGACGGUGUACGGCUGACGCGAGGGCCAGGCAAUUACAAAAUUCCGUCAGCAGACGAUGCACCAGCGACAUUUCAACGUUCGGCUACUGAAGGGAUCCAGUAA